AUGACGAUGGGUUGGCACAGUUUGUUGGUGGUGUUUUGCGGAACGGUGGUCUGCGUUGUGGCCGCCGCAGGGAGUGGUCGUGUGUGGCCGGUGAGCUGCGUGGAGCCGAGCUGCGCGACCGAGCUCGAUCGGGUGACGCUGUGGCCGUUUGAGGAUCCGAACUUCUUCCUGCAGUGCAGCAGCGCUUCCGGUGGCGGGGCGCCGUGGGAGCUGGUGCGGCAGCCGUGCCAGGGUCGCCGGUUGUUCCACUUCACCCGACAAGCUUGCACCGUGCCGGUGCAGUGGGAAGCGACGUGCCCGGAGCAGGGCGGCGGAUCUGCCGGUCCCCUCGAGCCGUGUCCGGAGGUGAGCUGCGAAACGGUGGCCGAUCUGGGUCGGCUCUGGCCGGAUGUGGACCCGUCCCGGUUCCACCAGUGCAUCCCGCAGGCAGCCGGAGGCAUCCUGCCGGUCGCCCAAACGUGCCCCGAAGGGACGCUGUUCAGCGUGCGCUACCAAGCCUGCAUUACGGUCCUUCGCUGGACGGAGGAGUGCUCCUUCGACGGCGGCGAGCUAACACCCGGCCCGACCGGGGGCGACACCACCGUCACCGUGCCAAUCACGCCGACCACCACCCCCCUGCCGCCGACGACGACCGAGAGCGGCGGAUGGACGCUCUGCCAGGUGCCGAUCUGCGAGCGCGAAGAUCCGGUGCUCUAUCCACACUCCGACUGGGCGUUCUUCUGGCAGUGCGUACCGCAGCCGACCGGAUUCUGGGAGCCUCAGAUGCGACCGUGUGGUGCCGGCACCGUCUUCCACUUCGCGCUGCAGAUGUGUGUGUUUCCCGCCGAUUGGGUCAACUUCUGCCCGGCAUGA